AUGUGCAAAGGUACUCAGUCCGUGCGUCAAUGUCCGAGCUUUCUCAAUGAAACUCCAAUCGAACGGUUCCAAUUAACGAAGAACCUCAAUAUCUGUAUCAAUCAUUCAUCUAAAACGUACCCCUCUAAAAACACUUGCAAAUUCUGUCAAAAGCAUCAUCAUUUACUGCUUAGUUUUAUGACAGAUAAUGCAUUAGCCACCGUCACUGUUUCCCCGACAUCAAAUAUAGUAUCUGACGCAGUACCUCGAUCUAUCCUAUUAUCAACAUUACUUGUUAACAUUUCAUACUCAAGAGGCCCAUACUUUCCUAGUACUCUUGGACAAUAG